AUGGUCGCCGUGGACACGUUUGUCGCCCUCUCCAAGUGGACCGUCUUCAAUCCGCUGCUGGCAAUCGCGUGGCUGGCAUGCGAGGCUCUCUCACCGCACCUCGUGGCCGAAUACCGCCACCUGCUCGCGUUGCCGUGCCUAAUCCUGCUUGGCUGGACCUUGACGUGGUCCUCGGCGGCAUGGACCAACCACCCUAGGCUGCCGCGGAUCCAGGCCUCGCAGUGGAAGCGCGAGCUGGUGGUCGUCACUGGCGGCGCAACCGGCAUCGGCGCACACCUCGCCCUCAAGCUCGCCCGGCGCGGCGCAAAAGUCGUCACGCUCGACAUCCAAAAGGCCGACUAUGCCUCGCUCGGCGCCGCCGCGCCGGCCCAGACCGAGCUCGACGACAUCACGCCCAACAUCCACCCGUACAUCUGCGACGUAGCGUCGCUCGACGCCCUUACCAAGGUCGUCAAGUCGAUCAGGGCGCUCCACGGCGACCCCACCAUCCUCAUCAACAACGCCGGCAUCACAAACUCGCGCCCGCUCGUCGAGUGCAGCGCGGCCGAGGUCACCAAGCUGCUCAACGUCAACCUCGCCUCACCCCUCUGGCUCAUCCAGUCGCUGCUGCCGGGCAUGCUCGCGGCGGCCGAGGCGGGCAGGGCGUGCCACAUUGUGUCGGUCUCGUCCAUCAUGGGCCACGUCGGCAUCUCAAAGAUGGUCGACUACUGCGCCUCCAAGCACGGCCUCGUCGGGCUGCACCGGGCGCUGCGCUACGAGAUCCGCUCCCACCACCGCACCCACCGGAUACGCACCACCCUCGUCAUCCUCGGCCACGUGCGCACCCGGCUGUUUGCGGGCAUCUACUUUAACCCGCUCGCCAGGUUCCUCGCCCCGUCGAUCGAGCCUGAGCACGUCGCCGAGCGCAUCGUCGAGGCCAUCGAUGCGAGGCGCGAGGGGACCAUCGCCCUGCCCUGGUACGCCAACUGGACAGAGGGCCUGGCGGUGCUGCCCAGCUGGGGCGCCGACGCGGUCCAGUGGAUGUCGGGCGCCAACACGAGCUUCGACGCGAUGCACAAGGCCCGCUGA